AUGAGAGUCUCCAUCUCCUGCGCGGCGUGCCGUCAGGCAAAAGUCAAGUGCCACCACGACGGCUCCCCACCGUGUCGUCGCUGUCUGCGUCUGCGCACCCCCGACUGCGUCCUGUCGGAUCCCCGCGCUGCGCCUCGAACGCCGCCCAGGAGAGCGAAACGACGGGCUAUACAAGCGGUGUCUAUGUCUCUGGAGUCGAGGGAGAUUCCGUCUCGCUCGCCCUCCUCUCGUGCUGUCUCUCAGGUCUCCGUGUCGCAGUCCGACCCGGUGGCCUGUCUCUCGCCCUCCACCAUCAUCAGCGCCUGCGAGACCUACCGCAAGAAAUUCCCCACGACCAACUUCCUGCACUAUCCCUCGCUCAUCGCAGACAUCUCGGCGUGUCCGUCGACCGUGGAUCCGGUCUUUGUCGCCGCCGUGCUGGCGCUAUGUGCCCGCUUUAUGCCCUCCCACGGCCUGCAGCCCGAAGACGUGUAUGCCGAUUAUGCCCGGUCGCAGCUGGCCUUGCGUGCGUUUGAGAGCCCCUCGCUCGCUCUCGCGCAGUCGCUGGUCAUGGUCUCUUUUUACGAGUGGGGGUCGGGGCACGCCUACAAAGCUUGGAUGUAUAGUGGAAUGGCAACGUAUAUGAUCCAGUCGCUGCUGAAGACGGCCGACGAUAACCACGAAGCCACCGCCCAGACCCAGUACGAGCAGCUCGUUCGCACCUACUGGUGUUGCUUCGCCCAGGACUGCGAGCUCAGCUCGGGCGCCCGCCAGCACUUUGCGCUCUCCUUCCAGCAGAUCUCCGUCCCCUUGCCCAUCGCCGACCACGAUUUCAUCUUCGUCCGUCCCGCACCCCAACGCCUGAUGCCUGCAGACAUGUGUGGUGGCUCCCGCAGCCUGCCUCGCACCCUCACCAUCGACCACGGACUCACCCUCGUCACGCGUGGCUUCGACAUCUUUGUCCGCAUCCUCCGCUUUGCCAAUGAGAGUCGCCGCGCCCGUGCCUCCUCUGCUGCCCCAGCCGCACUCCAGCCGUCCAGCUGGCAGACCUUGAAAGAAGAGCUGGACGAGUGGCGCGCCCUGCAGGACGUCACCUUGCGCUAUCCCACCACCAAUGUCCAGGCCCAUGUCGCCCUCGGGUCCGGCGAGCUGUUUGCCUACAUCAACCUGAUUCACUUUAUGAGUGUCCUCUUUCUCGAUCGAGAUCGCGUUCUCGCUAGCUAUCACCCCCUUUCAGACCUUGUUCAUCGCGUCCCCGCCGUCGACGAGCCCUCGGAUGCGACCGAUGACCAGAGUACCAUCCACCAGCUCUUCACGGCCGCGCAAAACAUCGGAGGCAUCCUGUCCGCCCUUGAGGCGGCCGAAACCCCCGUCAUCACUCCUUACUCGGGAUUCAGUGUCUUUGUGGCCGCUCACAUCAACAUGUACGGCACCGUCAGUCCGCAGCGGUAUCCGGGCGGACUCCAUCGUGCCGAGGAGGAGACGCAGCGGAAUUUUCUCUAUCUAGAUCGUGUCCGACAACUGUGGCCCGUCGGUCAUUCUUGGGUAUUUCCUUUCCUGUGUGAUUGGCGCACUGUACAAGAAGCAAAAGACUUCUACCGCAUGGCGAAAAGCACCCAGACCCAGAACGCCUCCCAUCUGACUCUGGCGGGAAGACUGGACGAGUAUGGCGACAUCCGGUGCUUGCGACUCCGUCUGGAUUCCCCUCGAAACCCCUCCGUCCGUCGCCAUUCUCCCGUCCGCCAGCGCUCCCUGGUGGUUGGUGACGCCGGUCGAGGCGAUCGUACUCGACACCCCUCGGACAGGGAAGCAUCGACAGACCAUCUGCCGGCGAACAAUGCACCCGACACCCCCCUCGACCUUCAGGAUCUCGAAGCGGAUAUGCUGCAGUGGCCGUUCAUCGACGGCUCGUGGUCGCUCGGGAUGAGCACCGGCUGGGACGGCUGGAACGGGUGA